AUGGCCCCCACAGCGUCGUGUAUUGUCGACGACAAAAGCCCACUCUGCAUUCCCUUCAUCAUAGGACUGUUAGAGAAGCACUCGCCGCAACGUGGGGUUCGCCCAUUCAUAAUCGGUCUUAACGGUGUCCAGGGCGUCGGCAAAACGACUCUCGUCAAAAAACUGGCAGAGACGCUCACCAAGCUCGGCCACACUACGCUCGUCUUCAGCAUCGACGAUUUGUAUCUCAGGCACGAAGAUCAGGUCGCCUUCGCGAGGUCUCACCCAGACAAUCUUCUGGUUCAACAGAGAGGCGAGCCUGGCACCCACGACAUGCAACUCGCUCAGACCUUCUUCGACAGCAUCACCAGCGGGAAGCCCACCAAAGUGCCGUCGUAUGACAAAGCAGCCUUCUCCGGCCAAGGGGACCGUCUUCCUGAGAGGCAAUGGGUUGAGGUGAACAGUCUAGGCAAACCAAAGGUCCAGGUUGUCAUUUUCGAGGGUUGGUGCGUGGGUUUCCGCGCUCUGCCGGAUGCGGUGGUGGAAGCCGAGUGGAAGGCCCCUAGCAAGACACUCCAGCGGCACAAACUUGAGCACUUGCUACUGGUGAACGAGUCACUCAAGGGCUACGAUAUAAUGACCGACCUCCUGGACGCCUUCAUCCAUAUCGAUGCCGAAGACACGCAGUAUGUCUACGGCUGGCGGCUGCAACAAGAGGCCGCACUCCGGCGGGAAAGGGGCGCCGGCAUGACCGACGAACAGGUCGUCAAGUUCGUUGAUGGCUACUACCCCGCCUACGAACUAUUCUCGGACAAUAUCAAGAAAGGGAUUCUGCCAAACAGCCCCGGCCGCCAGAUGAGACUGGUGGUCGACAAAGAUAGAAGAGUGAAAGAGCAUCUGGUGAUUUGA